AUGCCACACCAAAGAACCGAGACAGAUCUACACGCCACACCAAAGAACCGAGACAGAUCUACAUGCCACACCAAAGAACCGAGACAGAUCUACACGCCACACCAAAGAACCGAGACAGAUCUACAUGCCACACCAAAGAACCGAGACAGAUCUACAUGCCACACCAAAGAACCGAGACAGAUCUACAUGCCACACCAAAGAACCGAGACAGAUCUACAUGCCACACCAAAGAACCGAGACAGAUCUACACGCCACACCAAAGAACCGAGACAGAUCUACACGCCACACCUUGCUACUGAAGACGGGGCCCCUCCACCUACGGGGCCCUCCACCUACGGGGGCCUCCACCUACGGGGCCCCUCCACCUACGGGGGCCUCCACCUACGGGGCCCCUCCACCUACGGGGCCCUCCACCUACGGGGCCCCUCCACCUACGGGCCCCUCCACCUACGGGGCCCUCCACCUACGGGGGCCUCCACCUACGGGGCCCUCCACCUACGGGGGCCUCCACCUACGGGGCCCCUCCACCUACGGGGCCCUCCACCUACGGGGGCCUCCACCUACGGGGCCCCUCCACCUACGGGGGCCUCCACCUACGGGGCCCUCCACCUACGGGGCCCUCCACCUACGGGGCCCUCCACCUACGGGGCCCCUCCACCUACGGGGCCCUCCACCAACGGGGCCCUCCACCUACGGGGGCCCUCCACCUACGGGGGCCUCCACCUACGGGGCCCUCCACCUACGGGGCCCUCCACCUACGGGGCCCUCCACCUACGGGGCCCCUCCACCUACGGGGCCCUCCACCUACGGGGCCCUCCACCUACGGGGGCCCUCCACCUACGGGGGCCUCCACCUACGGGGCCCUCCACCUACGGGGGCCCUCCACCUACGGGGCCCUCCACCUACGGGGCCCUCCACCUACGGGGCCCUCCACCUACGGGGGCCCUCCACCUACGGGGGCCCUCCACCUGCGGGGGCCCUCCACCUACGGGGCCCUCCACCUACGGGGGCCCUCCACCUACGGGGGCCCUCCACCUACGGGGCCCUCCACCUACGGGGGCCCUCCACCUACGGGGCCCUCCACCUACGGGGGCCCUCCACCUACGGGGGCCCUCCACCUAUGGGGGCCCUCCACCUACGGGGGCCCUCCACCUACGGGGGCCCUCCACCUACGGGGCCAUCCGUACGUGGUAUGAAUAG